AUGCUUACAGACUCAUCCGCAGAUCUUCUUACUCAGAAAGGACAUGAGUCGCGGUUAAGGCGUGCUAAACGGCAGCAACGUAGAGAGUUGUCAUCUAUUCUCCAACAAUCACUGCUGGAUUCGAGUACUCUACAGGAAUCAUCUUUCUUCACUAAAGAUCGUGUGAAAGAGAGCAGAAACUUGGUUUCAACCGCAUGUUCUCCUAUCAUUUUUCCUAUAUCUCCAACUGAAACGAAGCGAGCUCAUGGAUCAGCAGUUGUUGGUGAAACCAUUGUAGUUUCCACUGGUCCGAUGUUGUCUCCAUCAUCCGAUGAACCGUCGAUCAAUUUACCCACGGAUCUCAAUACCACUCCUGCUCCUCCUAAACCUACAACAGUUCCUCCCGUCAAGAACCACUAUCACUCGACAAUGCAAACUCCAUCAGGCACGGUUACGGUGGUAACGAAGCAAAUGGCACCGAAAGCAAGGUAUGGGACAGUACCAGAAAUUUCUUAUCGAGUAUAAAC